AUGAAAGUUACCUCCGCUGUGGUGCUGCUCGCCGCCGUGUUUUGGAGCCAGGAGUGGAAGUCGGUGCUCUCGGAUUCAAUCAUCCACAUCGGUGCCAUCUUUGAUGAGUCAGCACGGAAAGAUGACGAGGUGUUCCGUCUGGCCGUGGCCGAUCUCAAUUUGAACAAUGAGAUCUUGCAGACAGAGAAGAUCACCGUUUCAGUGGAGUUUGUCGAUGGAAACAACCCCUUUCAAGCCGUACAAGAAGCCUGCGAGCUGAUGAACCGUGGUAUCCUGGCCCUGGUCAGCUCAAUCGGCUGCAUGUCAGCAGGCAGCCUUCAAUCUCUGUCCGAUGCCAUGCACAUCCCCCACCUCUUCAUCCAGCGUUCCCCAGCGGGGAGUCCCCGCUCCGCCUGCCCACCCACCAGUCGUGUCCCUGGAGCCGAUGACUACACCCUACAGGUCCGCCCACCUGUCUAUCUCAAUGAGGUCAUCAUGCAAGUGGUGUCUGAGUAUAACUGGCAGAAGUUCAUCCUCUUCUAUGAUUCUGAUUUUGAUAUCCGUGGUAUCGAGGAUUUCCUGGACCGGACCUCUCAGCAGGGAAUGGACGUAUCCCUGCAGAAGGUGGAAUCUAAUAUCAACAUGAUGAUCACAAGCCUGUUCAGAACAAUGCGUGUGGACGAGCUGCAUCGAUACAGGGAUACACUACGCAGAGCCGUGCUGUUCAUGAGCCCAGCCACUGCCAAGGCUUUUAUCACUGAGGUGGUGGAGACCAACCUGGUUGCUUUCGAUUGUCACUGGAUCCUGAUAAAUGAGGAGAUCUCCGACUACGACUUGCAGGAGUUGGUUAUGAAGUCAAUCGGUCGGCUGACGUUGAUUCGGCAGAUGUUCCCUGUGCCUCAGAACACAACUCAGCGCUGUGUCAAACACAACCACAGGAUCGACACUUCCCUCUGUGACCCCAAGAACCCCAGGUCCCAUCAGCUGGAGAUCUCCAACCGCUACAUCUAUGACUCUGUGUUGCUGCUGGCCAACACCUUUCACAGAAAACUGGAGGAUAGGAAGUGGCACAGCAUGGCCAGUCUGAGCUGCAUCAGGAAGACCUCCAAACCUUGGCAGGGAGGCAAGAGCAUGCUGGAUACUAUCAAAAAGAACGGUGUGAGCGGCCUCACGAGUUUCCUGGAGUUCACUGACAACGGCUCGAACCCCAACAUCUUCUUUGAAAUCCUGGGGACGAAUUAUGGAGAAGAACGGGGAAGAGGAGUCAGUAGGCUGGCAAUGUGGGACCCUGUUCACGGCUUGAAUGGCACACUGACCGACAGGAAAUUGGAAAAUAACAUGAGAGGAGUGGUGCUACGUGUUGUCACCGUUUUGGAGGAGCCGUUCGUAAUGGUGUCUGAGAAUGUUCUGGGGAAACCCAAGAAGUACCAGGGCUACUCCAUCGACGUCCUAGACGCGCUGUCAAACUACCUAGGCUUCAAGUACGAGAUCUACGUCGCCCCGGACCACAAGUAUGGCAGCAUGCAGGCGGAUGGUCAGUGGAACGGACUGAUGGGUGAAUUAGUCUCCAAGCGAGCCGAUGUGGGACUCUCUGCCCUCACCAUCACGCCUGAGCGAGAGAGCGUCGUGGACUUCACCACACGCUACAUGGAUUAUUCUGUGGGUGUUCUGCUGCGCAAGGCCGAGCGCACCGUGGACAUGUUCGCCUGCCUGGCCCCCUUCGACCUGUCACUGUGGGCGUGCAUCGCGGGCACCGUGCUCCUCGUCGGCAUCCUUGUGUACCUGCUCAACUGGCUCAACCCACCCCGGCUUCCCAUGGGAUCUGUGUCUUCGACUACGCUGUACAACUCCAUGUGGUUUGUGUACGGCUCCUUUGUACAACAAGGUGGAGAGGUACCAUACACCACCCUGGCUACGAGGAUGAUGAUGGGCUUCUGGUGGAUGUUUGCUCUGAUCGUCAUCUCCUCGUACACGGCCAACCUAGCAGCUUUCCUCACCAUCACACGCAUCGAGAACUCAAUACAGUCUCUUCAGGAUUUAUCUAAGCAGACAGACCUGCCUUAUGGCACAGUGCUGGACUCUGCAGUCUAUGACCAGGUGCGCUCCAAAUCUAUGAACCCCUUUGAGAGAGAUCCCAUGUACUCCCAGAUGUGGCGGAUGAUCAACCGCACCGGAGGAGGGGACAACAAUGUUGAGGAGUCAAAAGAAGGCAUCCGCAAGGUGAAGUAUGGGCGGUUCGGCUUCGUGUGGGACGCAGCCGUGCUGGAGUACGUCGCUAAUAAUGACGAGGAUUGCUCCUUCUAUACUGUCAAGAGCAGCGCACCAGACCGUGGAUACGGUAUCGCCAUGCAGCACGGCAGCCCCUACCGGGACAUUUUCUCCCAGAGAAUCUUGGAGCUCCAGCAGAACGGGGACAUGGAUAUACUGAAACUCAAGUGGUGGCCGAAGGACAGCCCAUGUGACCUGUACAGCUCAGUCCAGACACGGCAGCACAGCAAUGCGCUGGACAUCCAAAGCUUCGCGGGUGUCUUCUGUGUCCUGGCGGCUGGCGUUGUGCUCUCCUGCCUCAUCGCCAUGGUGGAAAGCUGGUGGUCACGGAGGAAGGGAUCCAGGGUCCCCUCCAAGGAGGACGAUAAGGAGAUCGACUUGGAGCACCUACACCGCCGGGUUAACAGCUUGUGCACCGAGGAUGAGAGCCCCCAUAAGCAAUUCUCCACCUCUUCCGUCGAUUUAACGCCCCUCGACAUGGAUGCGCUGCCAGCUGCGCGACAGGCCCUCGAGCAGAUCAGCGAUUUCCGCAACACCCACAUCACAACCACCACCUUCAUCCCCGAGCAGAUCCAGACCCUCAGCCGCACCCUCUCCGCCAAAGCCGCAGCUGGAUUUUCCUCUGGUUUCAGCAGCGGCGGGGGCGUCCUCCAGGACCACCGGACUGGUGUGGGCCCUUUCAGGCAGAGGGCCCCCAACGGUGGCUUCUUCCGCAGCCCCAUUAAAACAAUGUCCUCCAUCCCCUACCAGCCCACAGGUCCGGGACCCAACUUUGGAUAUGGCAACGAUCCAGACAGGGGCACCUCCAUAUGA